AUGGGUGAAACUGUGCUACUUGCCGUCGAGGAGACUUCUCCUAACGUCGAUGAACCCCCUAUAUGUGGUAGUAAGGAUCCGCAUACUGCACCAAACCAAAGGCAACUCCAGCCGAACCCCAUCGAUGGCGACACUUCGCCAACACUCCACGCUCCGCACACCCUCACCUCCGAGGAAGUUGCACAGACUCUGGGAGUCGACAUCCACCAUGGACUCCCUCACUCUGAAGCGCAAUCUCGCCUCCAACUCUAUGGCCCUAACAAGGUUAAGGGAGCUGAAGGGCUUUCCAUGUGGAAAAUUCUGUUAAGGCAGAUCUCGAACAGUCUCACCUUCGUCCUCAUCAUUGUCAUGGCCAUUAGCUUUGGCAUAGACGACUACAUCGAAGGCGGCGUCAUCACCGCAGUUAUCCUCCUCAACAUCGUUGUUGGUUUCUGGCAGGACUACCGAGCCGAGAAGACUAUCGAAUCUCUCAAGAAACUCACCGCACCCGAAGCUACCGUCACACGCCAGGGCACAAUGGACAUCAAAGUCAAGGCCGUGGACCUGGUUCCUGGCGACAUCGUCCAGCUCUCCGUUGGUAGCAUCGUACCCGCCGACAUUCGCCUCAUCGAUGGUGUCAACGCUUACACCAAUGAAGCAUUUCUCACAGGAGAGUCCGCUCCUGUUGAGAAGACACCAUGGAAGACUUUUGACGAGGAAGACCUUGCCACUGGCGACCAGACCAACCUUGCCUUCUCCGGAAGUGAGGUGACAUCUGGACGCUGCCAUGGUAUUGUAGUCGCAACUGGUAUGAACACCGAAGUCGGAAAGAUCGCUACUAUGCUCCGUCAGAAGAAGGAUACCGGCCCGCAAUCUUCCAACAUCUUCGUCCGAAUCUGGAAGCGUUUCACGAACGGCGGCAAGACCAUCCUUGGUCUUGUCGGAACCCCCCUUCAGAUCACGCUGAGCAAGUUCGCACUUCUCCUCUUCGGUCUCGCCAUUAUCCUCGCCAUCAUCGUCUUUUCCGCAAGCAAAUGGCAGGUUGGUGGAGAGGUACUCAUCUAUGGUAUCUGUGUUGCCGUAGCUGUCAUUCCUGAGUCGCUCAUCGCAGUCUUGACGAUUACGAUCGCUGUCGGCGGUAAGGCAAUGGCCAAAGCAAACGUCAUUACCAGAGUCCAGUCGGCCAUUGAGGCUGUCGGCGGUGUCACGAACAUCUGCUCUGACAAGACUGGAACUCUCACCCAAGGUCGCAUGGUCGCAAAGACGGCCCUCAUGCGUGGCGCCGGUACAUUCACCGUCGAUGCCAUCACAGACCCUCACAACCCCACCAGCGGAAACGUUGCUUUUGACGACCGACAGCUCAGUCUGAACGAUUACAGACCGGACGCUGUCGUCACUCGCUUCCUCCGUACCAUUGCUCUUUGCAACAACUCCAAGGUCAUACCGCCAUCUGAAUCCCGCGUCGACUCUCCCAGCGAGAAGAAAGCUGCGGCUCAUGAGCAAUACAACAGUGCUGAUGAUCGCGACACUGACGCGUCCACUAUCGACACCAUCUCACGACCACCCACUGCCUUUAUGCAAGAUGUAACGAACGGAGCCUGGACGGCGCAUGGUGAGCCAACCGAAGUCGCAUUGCACGUCCUCGCUUCUCGUUUCAACAUGGGUAAGGAAAGUCUACUUUCCUCACUCAACAUCCAUCUCGCUACCGAAUUCUCCUUCGACUCCAAGGUUAAGAAGAUGACUGUCGUCUACAAAGACAAUCACUCUGGCCUCAUGGACGUCUACACCAAAGGAGCGACCGAGUUCAUGAUGUCGGCGCUCAACGUUUCGGAUCAGGAAAGGGCCGAGAUCUUGGAAGCUGCCGAGAGCAUGGCCAACCAAGGUCUCCGUGUCUUGUGUAUUGCUCACAAGACGCUACAGCCCGACACUGACAUCUCAGAACGUGAUAUCGUUGAGGCCAACCUCAACUAUCUCGGCCUUGUUGCCAUCUAUGACCCACCUCGCCUGGAGACAGCAGGUGCCGUCCGCGAGUGCAAGAUUGCUGGUAUUACGGUGCACAUGCUCACUGGUGAUCAUCCCGGUACUGCCCGAGCUAUAGCCAAGGAUGUGGACAUCAUCGACGAUCGUACUCCUGCUUCAGCCGUCAUGGUCGCCAAAGACUUUGACAGGAUGUCUGACGAUGAGGUCGACGCCAUGGAGACGCUACCUCUGGUCAUCGCCAGAUGUAGCCCGACCACCAAGGUCAAGAUGGUGCAGGCUCUUCACAGGAGGGGUCGCUUCUGUGUCAUGACUGGUGACGGUGUCAACGACUCUCCAGCGCUCAAGCAAGCCAACGUCGGUAUGGCUAUGGGCACUGGAAGCGACGUCGCCAAAGAUGCCGCCGAGAUGGUUCUCACUGACGACAAUUUCGCUUCCAUCGUCAAGGCCGUCGAAGAGGGCCGACGCUUGUUUGACAAUAUCCAGAAGUUCCUCAUGCAUCUUCUCAUCUCGAACAUCGCGCAAGUCAUCCUCCUCCUCAUCGGUCUCGCCUUCAAGGACCAAGAUAACCACUCCGUCUUCCCGCUGUCCCCCAUCGAGAUUCUCUGGGUCAACCUCAUCACUUCCUCCUUCCUCGCCAUUGGUCUUGGACUCGAAGAGUCGCAGGAAGACAGCAUGUACCGACCACCGCACGACAACAAGAAGGGUGUCUUUACAGCCGAGUUGAUUACAGACAAGUUUAUCUACGGUUUCUUCAUGGGUGCACUAUGCCUGUUCUCCUUCGCCAUCGUCGCUUACGUCGGUCCUGGCGGAGGCAACCUCGGCUCUGGCUGCAACGAAGGGUACAACGAUACAUGCGAGGUGGUGUUCCGUGCCCGCGCAACAACAUACGCCACCAUCACUCUCCUUCUCCUCGUCACGGCCUGGGAGGUCAAGCAUUUCGCUCGCUCGCUCUUCAACAUGUACCCCAACACUCCUUCCUCAGCCCCGGCUGGUCUCUCGGUCUUCACUACCAUCUGGCGCAACCGCUUCCUAUUCUUUGCAGUCGUCGCCGGAUUACUCGUCGUCUUCCCCAUCGUCUAUCUCCCUAUCAUCAACGAAAAGGUGUUCAAGCAUGGUGCUAUUACCUGGGAGUGGGGCGUCGCAUUCGGUUGCGUCGUCAUCUACAUCAGCGCCAUCGAGAUCUGGAAGGCUAUCAAGCGUAGUCUUGGUAUCUGGUCUGGUGCUCACAGGGUCAUCUCUCGCGAGGAUGCCGAGGCCCGUGCUGGAUUGAACGGUGGUGUUGCUGUUAGGGAGAAGUAG